AACGAGUCUUCAUUUUUUGAAAGACGACUUAGAGAAAUAUAUAUGUAUCCAGCAAGUCUAUAGAUCAAAAUUUAAUUAGCUCAAAAUUCUAGCUAUAUAUAUCACCUAGUUCAAGAACUUAAUCCAUCUUCCAAUCAAAAAGAACUUAAUCCAUCUGACAGAGAUUUAUCAGCCUAAUAAUGUGUCUCACGGAGGUUUUUGGAAAGUGUUUUGGUGUAAAAGAUGAUGAAAGAACUGGGUCGCGGAGGUUUUUCACUGAAAACAAGAUCAUCAAGAUUAGAGGAACUGUAGUUUUGCAGAAGAGAAAUUUGUUGGAUUUGAAUGAUCUUGGCGCUUCUUUACUUGAUCGUCUUCAUGAGAUAUCCGGUAAAGGUGUUUCCUUACAACUCAUCAGCUCAAGUAAUCCUCAACCAGAAAAUGAAAUGCGAGGAAAAAUUGGUAAGGAAGCAUAUUUAGAAGGAUGGGUAAAAAAGAUAACACCCUUGACUGCAGGAUUAACAGAAUUUAAUGUUACAUUUGAAUGGGAUGAAUCCAUUGGAGUCCCUGGCGCUUUCUUAAUCAAGAAUUUCCAUCACAGUGAAUUCUUCCUCAAAACUCUAACUCUGGAAGACAUUCCUGGAGUUGGCCCUGUCCAUUUCGAUUGCCAUUCUUGGGUUUAUCCUGCCAAACGAUACAAGUAUGACCGAAUUUUCUUUUCUAACCAGAGUUACCUGACAUGCGACACGCCGGAAUCACUCCGUAAAUAUAGAGAAGAUGAGCUCAAAGUUCUUAGAGGAGGUGGCACAGAAGAAUUCCGCAAAUGGGACCGAGUAUACGAGUACGCGACAUACAAUGAUUUGGGAACAGGUCGUCCAAUUCUUGGAGGUUCAAAAGAGUUUCCUUACCCUCGGAGAGUAAAAACAGGCAGAAAACCAUCCAAAAAAGAUCCAAAUUACGAAAGCAGGAAUUGCAUAGCGAACAUAGAUAUUUAUUCUCCAAGAGAUGAAAGGUUUAGUCAGUUAAAGUUCUCAGAUUUCUUGGCCAUAACGGCGAAGUCCUUGGGUCGCAUUGUGGGACCUGAAAUAAAAGGUUUGUUUAGCAGAACACCAAAUGAAUUUGAUACGUUUGAAGAUGUUCUGCGCCUUUAUAAGGGAUACGAUAAAGAACUUGCAGCUGCACGUUCGUCAAACUCGUGUUGCUGCAUGAACUUAGAAUUGCUUAAAGAGUUCUUUCGUUCUGACGGUGAAAAGUUCCUCAAAUACCCUAAGCCUGAUGUCAUCCAAGCUGAAGAGUUUGCUUGGAGGAGCGACGAAGAGUUUGCCAGAGAAAUGAUUGCUGGAGUGAACCCUGUCGCAAUAAGUGGUCUGCGGGAGUUUCCUCCAAUUAGCAAGCUUGAUCCUAGGCUCUACGGAGAUCAGACCAGUUCAAUAACCGAAGAACAUAUUGAGAAGAACUUGAAUGGAUUGACAGUAUCUGAGGCUCUGGAGCAGAAAAGGUUGUUCUUAUUAGAUCAUCAUGAUGAAUUAAUACCAUACUUGAAUCGGAUAAAUGGAACGAAGACGAAAUGCUACGCAACUAGAACAGUCCUUUUUUUGCAAGAUGAUGGAACCCUGAAGCCUUUGGCUAUUGAGCUGAGCUUGAUUCACCCGUAUGGGGAAACACAUGGUAUUGUAAGUCAGGUCAUCACACCAGCUCAAGAAGGCGUGGAGGCUUCAAUUUGGCAGCUGGCCAAAGCUUACGUCGUUGUUAAUGACUCCUCUUGCCAUCAACUUCUCAGCCACUGGUUGUGCACACAUGCUGCAAUUGAGCCGUUUAUAAUUGCUACUAAUAGACAAAUGAGUGUUGUUCAUCCAAUCCACAAGAUUCUAAAACCUCAUUUUCGAGAUACGAUGAAUAUUAAUGCUCUAGCUCGUCACAUUCUCAUUAGUCAAGGUGGUUAUGUAGAGAGAAUUGUUUUUCAAAGAGAAUUCUCUAUGGAAUUUUCAUCUAUGACUUACCAAAAGUGGGUGUUCACAGAACAGGCACUCCCAGAAGAUCUGAUCACCAGAGGAGUCGCAGUCCGAGAUCCAGACGAACCACAUGGUGUACGCUUGUUGAUUGAAGACUAUCCAUAUGCGGUGGAUGGGCUUCAAAUCUGGUCAGCAAUCAAGGAGUGGGUUCAUGAAUAUUGUUCCUUUUACUAUCCCACUGAUGAAUCGAUCCAAGGUGAUACAGAACUUCAGUCAUGGUGGGAGGAGCUUAGGACUGUGGGUCAUGGCGACUUAAAAGAUGAGCCAUGGUGGCCAAAAAUGCAAAACUUAUCAGAACUAACUCAAUCAUUGACCACCAUUAUAUGGACAGCUUCUGCACUCCAUGCAGCACUAAACUACGGCCAGUAUCCAUACGCAGGUUACCAUCCGAACCGUGCAACCAUGAGCAGACGAUUGAUGCCCGAACCAGGAACAAAGGAGUACACUGAGCUUGUAGAAGACCCAAAUGCAGUUUUCUUGAAAACCAUUACUAGUCAGCUACCGGCACUCUUGGGUAUAUCACUGAUUGAGAUUUUGUCUACGCAUUCUGCUGAUGAAUUCUAUCUUGGAGAAAGAGAGAACCCUGAACAAUGGACUAAAGAUGCAGCAGCACUGGAAGCUUUUAAGAAAUUCGGAGAGAAGUUAAAGAGGAUUGAGGAUAGAAUGAUGGAGAUGAACACAGAAGGGAAAUGGAGAAACAGACAUGGUCCUGUGCAGGUUCCGUACACUUUAUUAUGUCCUUAUAACUUGCCUUCAUAUCCAAUGGGACUUACAGGUAGGGGAAUUUCCAAUAGUGUCUCUAUCUAGAGCCACUACUAGAAAGAAAGCACAAAACCAUUUCUCCAUACUAGUUUUGCUUUUUUUAAGUUUGUUAUUUGUAAAAAUUUGUUUAUUUUACAUGGGUGUGAAGUAUUAUUGUCAUUGAUAAUGUAGAAAAUACUUUAGGCUGA